GCUCUUCCCUUCUUUUCUUCCCCUUCCAGCUUUUCAGCAACCACGUUCUUUACUAUUUACCACGACUUCACUAUGGAUUUUGCACAGUUUGGCUCGGAAAUGACCAGGGAGCAGGAGAUGAUCUCCACAAAGAAGAGGCUUGAUUCGUUCCGAUUCAAUCGGUCAAGUGGACCCAUAGCUUCAGCACCACUCUCACCGACCUCUUCGGUUGGACGACCGCAUUCACGUCACGGCUCUGUUUCAUCAGUCUCGUUUUCAACUUCAACUUCAGCCAACUCCCUUCUCACGACGUCCGCCCAGUCCUCCAUACCUUCGUCCGACUCGCGCCCCUCUUCAUUAGUUGGUCGUCCUCGACCCUCUUCCCAUCAUCGCAGGCGUUCCUCGGUUUCCACGCGGGUUGAAUCUGCUGAAAUGAUGGGAGUUAACCUUCCUGAUCUGCCAUCGUCCUCUUCGGAUGACAACAUCAAUUUUGGCGAUAAGGACUCCGUCCGACGCAGAGCUUUGCAAGCUCUUGAGGGACGAAACGACCUUGGCUCGUAUAAUAACAUUGUGGAGAUCCCAGACUUCACAAGCCAAGGGCUCCUGCAGAAACCUUCUGAUCGUGAACUAAAAUUACCCAUGAGUUCACCGUCAUUCGGGAUACCGUCGUCCUUGUCAGGCAAAAGGGACUCGUUUGGGAAGUUUCUCUCCUCUGCCAGCUCCUUGAAGGAUCAACUUCACACUCUUAUGGAGGAGGAAGAGGAGGAGGAGGAAAAUGGGAUCGAAUCGACGAGCGCCUUUGAUCGUGAACCAAAUUCAUCUUCUGCUUGCGAAGAUAAAGCCGGUUCACCAGGUCUCGAUAUGCAUCAUGUUUCCCAACGGUUGCCUUCUCGGAAUCUCGACAUACCCGAUAUGUCGAAAACUCUCGUCUCUGUCUCGAGUCGUCACAGACCCGCCAAUUUGACUCUUAGGCCUCUAUCUCUAAUACACAGUGCCUCCAAUCCCAGCUUGCCAAUUACAUCCCUCACCCCAAACUUACGAGCUGGACUUAGGCCAUUCUCCUUGACUCCCCAACCGGAUUCGCAUUUAGCAAGCGGCUCUGAGAGUAUAGACAUGAAGACUGCAAACCAUGUUGGGAAGCAGACUUCUGACCUUCACUCGACGUCCUCAAGCAUUUCGUCGUCCACGUCGGUUAGCGGCUCGUUUCCGAGCACGUCUCCCUGUCCCAAGAGGCAAAGUAGCAUAUCGUACAUUCGUUCGGGUUCUACCCAGUCGCAGCCCACAUCAUUCACCUUUGCUAGUCUCCCAACGCCGGGUGCUACCCCGACGUCGGAAAGAAGGCAGUCUGCUUCCUCGAUUAGCAGCUUUGGCAGUCCGAACGGCCAGGAUAGGCGUACCGCCAGCGAGGACAUGUUUUUACACCAGUCCCACGCAUCGCUAUUGGCGCGAAUUGCUGAGCUCGAGCACGCCUUACUAUCGCGUUCUCGGUCACGACCCUCGUCUAUGCACUCGGACAGUAGUGCGGAUGCAUCUCAUCCUCCACCUGAUGAAAUGCUGCAGUUGGUGGCAGAUUUGAAGUCCGAACGAGACGAGUUGAACAGAGAUAUAGACGGAUGGCGGCAGCGCGUAAAGGAUCUAGAGCACACAAAAACCCUACUUGGGCACGAAAAGGCUGUUUUGGAACGUCGUUUGGAAGCUGAAAAGCGCGAGGCAUGGCUUAGGGACGAGAAGCUCAGCCUAUUGGAGAUGGAAAAAGGUACUUUGAGUCGUCAGCUUAAGACAAAGGAAGAAGAUCUCUCCAGUGUCAGCCGUCGACUUGAAUCUUCUCAAGCUCAGCUACGGCAAGCUGUGUUGGAAUGCCGCUCUUUGAAGGAAGACGCACAGGUUGCAAAGCGGCAGUUAGCUGAAGCCCAAGCCCUUAUUGAAGCGCGGAAAGACACCGAGGCCGAGCUCGCUAGGCUUCGCGAGGCACUGGCUGCUGAGCAAAAUUACAGGAGGAAUCUUAUUGCCCAGUUAGAUGCUGCUGGAAUCCUCGCAACGCCCAAGGCUACCGAUGACUUAGCUACUAGUAACUCGUCUCGGAUGGUUAAUUACAACCAAUCUCGGGGCAAUGGCCUUGGGUUCCAGAGUGUUGAUUCAUCUUGCACGACGGUUGAUGCAGACGAAGACAGCCAGCAGCUGCUCAGGGCCCCAUUCACGCUAAAAGCGGUAGAGGAAGAAACGAGUUCGUGUAGUACAUCAUUGUCUGACGACGAAGAUGAACUAGCACGAUACGAGGAUGAGGACGAUUUGGAUCUCAGUUUUGCGAGUCCGACGCGCUCAAUGUCUUCUGCCAAUUCUGAUGAUGACCUACCUCGUUCAUUGGCCCAUCUUCGCCUUGCUGCGAACAGCACACCAGUACCUUCUGGAUUUGGGAAUGGCUUGGCAUCGUCGCCAAGAUCCCUUUCCUCAACUCCUUCACCAACGACUUCUCCCUGUCCUACUCCGAUUCCUCCACUCAUGCCUGAAGUGCGGAGCUCUGAGCAUGUAAAAAAUGCUUCAUUGAGCAAAACUUGGACAUUCCCUCGUGGUGGACAAGCAACUACGCCGAGGCCACCGCAUGAAGAAGUUGAUAGAUUUUUCGAAUGCUUGGAGGACGUUGAAAGUCAACUUUCUGCCGCUCGAUGUUCGAUGGAUAACAGAAGCAUUUUUAGUCAACGCCUGCAGUUCAAUAAUGUCGAGGACGAGGAUUUUCCGCCUUUUGUCCUUCCUGCUCAAAAGACAGUACAGGAUUCUGUCCACAGUUUACUUGAUGUGGUACUUGAAGAAGACGAAGAUAUAUUGCAUUUUGAUGCCGCGAAUAGCAGACGUAAACCUUCGUUCCCUAUCUCCGUCACGGAGGACUCCUCGAGCAGAAUGGCAUCGCCCAUAUUCGAGGAUCAUGUGCAUACAAACUCUGUGCCAUUCGUGUUCCCUCAGAUGAAGGCCCAACGAAGCGAGUGCAAACCUGCUCCAGUCCAAUCCCGCAAUGAACAUUCUGAUAUGAACGGGUUCCGUGUCCCUGAUCGUCCAAGUGUCGUCGCUCCACCCCAAAGCUCGGUACGCCGCUCGGCGCCUCCGUCCCGUAUUCCACCGCCAUCUCCUCCUAUGUUUAUUCAAGCGAAGACUUCCGGGCUUGGUGCUUCUCCUAGUCCACCUAAGCGUAAGCCUGUGCCAGCCCCAACUGUGAAUGUGGUUCCGGCUUCACCGUCGAGAAUCAAGCCGUUAGGAGUAGCCGUAGGAUCUCCACAGAGGACGAAGAAACCUGUGCCACAGUUGGUUCAUGGUUCGACUUUUAUCCCUCACCUCAAAAAUACGAGUAGGCUGGCUCAUUCUUCUCUUUCGUCAUAAUAGACAUGAACGCCUCGUCUCCCUAUAGCUCAGAAUCUCAGCAGUCGGCGAUAGACGCUUCCACUACCAAUCGCGAUGUUCCUCGAUUUGUGAACGAUAAUCAUCCAGAGAAUAUCUCCGGAAAGCCCUCUCAACCUUUGUUCCAAACAUUCACGAAGUUGCUUCCUCUUCCCUCCUUCCUUUGGGCUAGCAAUCGUUCGCAGCCCAGUGUGUCACCUACUCGCGCUCCUGUCUACGUGUCACGCGAGGUACAACUUGCCAAAUUACGGACUGUUCAUCAACAUGGAGGGAAUCAAUGUAAUGUGGCUAAGGGAUGUAGUAAAUGUCGGGGUGAUUUGAUAUCGCUUUGACAAGUAUCUUAGUCCCUUUGGCUGCAAAUCUUGAACGUCUUGCCUGUUCCCUUUUACUUUUUGGACUCUUUGUGUCUAUCCAUUGUUUUUGUUAUCACCACGCCCAGACCUAUGUCACGGCUUCUGUUUAUGACAUCAGUAUUAUUUGCUCCUUGCCACACUUAUUACGUUCUAUGUCUAUAUUUCUAUUUUAUUAAUUAUCUUGUCUUUAUGCUUCUCCCUUUUCAGGUGAUUUUGUCAUCGACUUGAUGUCGAUUUUUGUAAAGACAUGCAUGACUAUUUUUGAGCAGUCUGUAUGCUUAACGUUGUAAGCUGCUGUCUA